AUGAAAACAACUGAUCAAAAAGUGAUGACAGUAGAGAUUGAUGGUUUAAAGCAGCAAUCAGAGAGGCUGUGGAGUCUCCUUCCCUGGAGUGGAAGUUGCUUUUCUGAUGAAGAAACUAACUUGUACAAAGGAAAUGUAUUUGUUGUAAGCCUGGCCAUCGCAGACUUGGUCGUAGCAAUCUACCCAUAUCCACUGGUCCUCACAUCUGUAUUUCACAAUGGAUGGAAUUUGGGAUACCUUCACUGCCAGAUUAGUGGCUUCCUGAUGGGCCUAAGUGUCAUUGGAUCAAUCUUCAAUAUUACAGGCAUCGCUAUCAAUCGGUAUUGCUAUAUCUGCCACAGUCUCAAAUACGACAAGCUGUACAGCGACAAGAAUUCUUUGUGCUACGUUGUUCUGAUUUGGGUACUAACAUUUGUUGCUAUCGUGCCCAAUUUGUUUGUGGGAUCUCUACAAUAUGACCCUAGGAUUUACUCUUGUACAUUUGCACAAUCUGUGAGCUCAGCGUAUACAAUAGCAGUAGUGUUUUUCCAUUUCAUGCUUCCCAUAGCCAUAGUUACUUUCUGUUACUUGAGAAUAUGGAUCCUUGUUAUUCAGGUAAGGCGAAGGGUUAAACCAGACAACAACCCCAAACUGAAACCGCAUGACUUCAGAAACUUUGUCACCAUGUUUGUGGUAUUCGUACUAUUUGCAGUCUGCUGGGCUCCUUUGAACUUUAUAGGCCUUGCUGUGGCUGUUAACCCAGAAACUAUAAUCCCUAGGAUUCCAGAGUGGUUGUUUGUAUCUAGUUAUUACAUGGCAUAUUUCAACAGCUGCCUUAAUGCUAUCAUAUAUGGACUCCUGAACCAGAAUUUCAGAAGAGAAUACAAGAGAAUUAUUGUCACUUUUUGUACAGCAAAAGUUUUCUUCCAGGAUAGUUCUAAUGAUGCAGCAGACAGGAUGAAAAGUAAGCCUUCUCCGUUGAUUACAAACAACAAUCAAGUGAAGGUGGACUCUGUGUGAAAAUGGGAACCUUAUGAGUGUCAUUCAACAACAUCAAACACCGUAUCUGUUUUACUAGACCUACUAAUAAAUAUUAUAGUGAAAUAUCUGUUCCACACUGAAGGCACUUUGAUAAAAUUCCUUGCAUGAUACUUGGGAUCCAAAGUUACAGAGCCUUGACAUAUGGAUCCUAUUAUACAAUGAUGUAUCUUUCAAAUAACAACACAGUCAUAUUCUUUAGGAUAAUAUUACAGGAUUGCACAUGGAUAAUUUCAUUUUUUUUCUUAAAUGGAGGCAACAACUAGAGAUAGUUUGAAGCAGAAGUAUCCAUCUAGCCUAGCCAAGUAAAAGAAAUUGCAAAACCAUUCCUACCACUUUCUACUUGGUUACGGUGGUCUUGAUUCUAAAACCCCUGAGAACUUUUUUAAAAAGAUGAAAUCAGGCCACUAGCAAAUAUAUUAGUGAGACUGUAUUAGUGAAGUGACAUAUCAAAGUAUUUGAAAAGAGAUCGGGAUAUUUGAUAAGUAUCUCUACCUAUAUUCUUUUGCUCCUAUAAUGGACAUAAUUAUUUAUUUUUGUGGAGAUUAAAUCUCACCAGCCCUCCUAGGAAUGGCAUUCCCAGUUGACUUCUCAAUUUUAAAAUAGCAUGUAGGAGGAGAAAUACAUCUGAUUCAUUAUUUUCAAAGCUACAAAGGCAAGGAGAAUAAACAGGAAGGAAAGAAAAGAGAUAUGAUUCAUAAAAUUCAAAUCUAGGGGUAGAAAAAAAGGUGUAGAAGGGGUGGGGAGAGAAAUAUGAAACAUCAUAUUUGCAGGAUGACCAUGUGAUAUUUUUUUCAAUUUGAUCUCCUGAAAAGCUCUUGAGACUACAAAUUAUUGCCAGAGAUAAGCUUUUCAAAAUAAUAAUCAGAUGUUUACCACAAUUAUGAAAAUAGUGUAAGAACCCAGAGCAAUGAAACACGUUCAAAUAAUCAAAAAGAGAAGAUGCUAUUUAAGACACUGGUACAAGGAAGAAAACACAACUCUCAGGACAAGAUCUGACAUAGGGACUGUCCACAGGUAGCAGGUGCCUCUUAAGUGUGAGGAGACACACUGUGAAGUGAGGAAGCAAAGCCAGACAGGCUGUCUCCUGUAACAGUGAAUCUACGUUUUCUCCCUCCAGUGCAGAAAAACAGUUUACAACAAUAGGCUUCAUCUUUUUAAUUUAACAGGCCAAGAUCCUUUCAAAUAAUAUGGAAAUACCGUUCAGUAGUUUCACUGACCUUAGAGAGAAGGAGCAUUUUGGUCUGGAAGGAUACUCCAACUGUCAUACUUUUAAAGUUCAAGUGUUCAUACCCGCCCUUCCGUAAAAUACACUUGUGAUAGUUGAACACCAGGGUAGGUAUGAUACCAACCAUCUCAACUGGACUAAGAGUAUCUGAAUAGCCUAUCACACUUCUGCUAACCUAGGUUAAAAUGUAGACUAUAUUUAGACUAAUUCAUUUAAACUAUUACUUGGUAUGCUGGAAAAAAGUACUGAUUUUCAACAGCUUAGACAUCUUCGAAAACAACAGUCACUCUAUACUAUAUAAUUCCUUAAACUGUAUACUAAUCUAAUACCAUGUCAUCUCUCUUGGAUCAUAUACUAGCGUACCCUUGAAUUAAUAUUAAUAAUAAGGCUAAGGGAACAUACUCAUAUUUACUUGAAAACUCCACUGAUUCUUUGUCAGCUGACCAGUUUCUUACCUUAAAAACAGGUGCCUCAUGUUGCCACUCACUCACGUCAAAUUGGUAAUGGAGCUAAUUAACAUUGCAAAUCUCUGGAGAUGAACUAGCCAGUCAACGCAUUGCCAAGGUGCUUGACUCAUUUUUGUUUACAUUCAAACCCUUGUUGCCAGGAAACACAGUGUAAAUAACCAGCUCUCUUCUACUGUGGUAUCGUCGUACGAUGCGAUAUGAUAGAACAUGAUUAACACCAUAAAUAUAUCACAGCUUUCUUCACUGUGAUUUCAUCCUUAGAGGAUGCUUAGCUCUGUAAUUUUAUCGCUUUGUGUGUAGUGAUUUCAGAAUAACAAGGGAGGCAUGACCACCUUAUAGUAGUCACUUAAGGAAAAACACUAUAUAAAUUCUUACAAAACUUGCCUUAUUUAAAGCAUAUUUUCAAUGAAAAUAAUGUCUUAUGAUACAUCUACUAAAGUACCCUAAAGAUAGUUUCAGUAGCCUAAUUAUCAAUAAAUUUAGAAUUCUCAAAGAUUUUUCACUCACCCUUUCAAACUGAAAAUGUACGUUUAUCAUGUCUACGCAUUAAUGAGCCUUGACAAUUGUUCAGGAUACUGUAUACAACACUGUGGGUUAUCUGAGGAAUUAAAGUCCCUUUUAAUUCACAAGUGCUAAAAUAUAUUUUUGAUGAUAAUGAAAAUGGUUUGCUAUAUGCAAUAAAACAUAUUAUACCAAAGGUAUAUAUUUUAUUGAAUAGGCCUGUAAUUAAAAUGGAGAGCAUUUUUCAGAGCUGGUAUUUUGACAUAUUUGUAUUAAAUCUAAAAAUCACAGAAAUGUGCAUGUUGGUGUUGUUAUGAGCUACUAAAUAUAGCAAUAAUUUUAAGAAAUUAAUCUCUUGUUCUUCUUUGGGAGAGGGAGGUAUUUUUUUAAUCUUUAGAAUUUAGUUUAAAUUAUGGAUGAAACCUUUGAGAAAUAUCUGCUGCCCUCUUCAAGAUCAUUAUGCAUUUACUACUGUUCAAAAGUAUGUUUUAGGUACAGUUUGCAAAACAACUCAUUGCAAAAGUGAAAAACUGAGCCACUGUAAUGAGAAUUAACUCUGUAGUAAUAAUUUCUUUUAAUCAGAAUCUGUUCCUUCAAAGUGGUUGAAAUGAUUCAUUU